AUGAGUGUCUCGUGGUUCUCUGUAUCCACGCUAUUCCGGAGACUGAUAGCGGGCCCUAUACAUUCCGGUGGGCCUGUAUUGUCCGCAAGUCGCUUUUCACGCUCGUUCAUGACCUCCCCAGCUCGUUCGGCUGACCCCAUUGCAUUCACCACCUCUCCCACAACACCCGACGAAACUAUAUCCAAUAUUAUCGAUCCCAGGUUGAAGUCGCAGUCACUCAAGGGCCGCAAGAAUGAACAGGUGGUGUUGUGGAAACUCUACGGCUCGUUCCACCGUCAUAAUACGCUACUUUCCAUGGUGGCCGUGGUUGAAGAUCUCGAUUUCAUGGAAAAAAAUGACCAUUUAACUUACAACGAAAAGGUAUUAUACUACAUGCAAUUGCCACAUCACGUAAAACUCCAUGUUUCUGCCGGUCAAUUGGGUUUUAGAAAGGCACAAAGAGCUGAAUACGAAGCUGCGUACCAGGUAAGUUCGAGAAUGUUCAAACAAAUCGAAGAAAAGGGACUCUUGGGCCCUAACGAUAAGGUCGAGUUGGUCUUAAAGGACUUUGGAAGGGGCCGAGAAGCAUUUUUGGCUGCUUUACAAGGUAAAGAAGGGUCUCGGAUCCGACCCAAUAUUGUCCGUAUCAGUGACAAUACCAAAUUGAGAUUUGGAGGCUCACGUCCUAAGAAAUUGCGUCGUCUCUGA